UUUCAUGUGGUUGAAUAAAAAUAUUGUUAUUGUUAUGAAGUUAUUAAAUGUUUUUACACAGAAGCUGUGGUUUUUAUUUCUAGAGUGUGUUAAUCAUCAGAGGAGAUUCUAUUAAGGCAAUGAAUUCACUCAAUAGUGGAGAUAAUGAUGGACGAUCAAAUAAUGAUGAAAAAAUUUGUAAUAGAUUGACAUGGAUUAAAACUAUUUUUGGAGAAGAUUCUUAUUAUCCAUCCUGCUUCACUUCCGAACCUAAGCUACGUAAGGAUCUGUACUUAGUAAUGUCAAAUACCGGUACUAGAAAUAUUAAGCAACGAUGCAGAGAUUUACAUAAACAGUUUGUUGAAUAUACAAUGAAUAAAGUGAUUCCCAUUGGUGGAAUGAUUAAGGAUUUGCUGCACUUAGUGAUGAUUAAUGGAGGGCUGCGCCCCUGGCAACCCACUUACAAGAAACAGGAUUGUGAACUUAACUACUUGAUAGAUAGAGUAGUACUAUGUCCAGAACUGAAACUUGAAGGCAUUGACAAAGAUAAAUACAGAUCUGUUGCAAAUGUAACAAGGAGUGUUGGUGUGCAACAUGUUGUGCUCUCUUCGGUGCCAGAUUUAUCUGACGGUUCAGUAUUUGAGUCACUUGAGUCAUCUGAUUCAGGUGAUAAAUUAGAAACUGAGCGAAAGAAGAAACUUCGUAAGGUUUGUCAAGAGGCAAAGAAUAUAAAUGUAGACAGCCACAUUAGUAAUUUCAGGCGAGAUCCAUUAAUACUAUGUCAAGUGGACAUUUUAAUUUUAAUCACACUAAGCAAUGCCGCCUAUGUGGCUAAACAUCUCGGAUUAAUUUAUUUAGAAGAUGUGCUAGAUGAUGUACAGAACGUGACAGAAUAUUUGUUAAAUACUAAUGCAAAGUGUUACAAGCUGGCUCAAACUCGCAUUACUGAAAAGCUGAUGAAUGGAUUCAGCAACAUCGUCGUCACAUCCAACAUCUCCGCGUGGAAGAACAUUCGAGCAAAUGUGAGAGCGAUUUUGACAGAAGAAAAUAUGCUUGAUGUGAUAUAUCGAAAGGAAAUGAAUGAGGCUUCAGAUUAUGUCGUUUUGGUCGAUAGUUUUUUGUCCUGCGUUGAAGCUAUAGGAGGCAUUGUAAGCAAAGCUUUGCACUUCCCAGUUACAACACCAGUUAAAUAUGAAGUUGAUGGGAAGAAAUUUGCCACAAUCAACGUACCUAUAACGGCCAUAGUACCGCUAUAUAUAAUUAGAUACUUGACGCAAUACUACAUGGCAUCAAACACAGCUGCAGAGUUAAGUUUAUCAAAGUUGCUUGACUGUUGAUGAGUUCUACGAAAUUUUGUGUUUUUGCGUUUUGUUCUUUUACUUCUUACCAGGAAUGAUAAAAUACUGUAACUUAUAUGGAUCUCUUAAAAUUCUUGUGAACAGAUAGUAUUAUAGCAGCCAGUAUUUUAUUUUUUAAUUAAUUAUCUCUUGAGUGAUGAUCAGUAAUCUAUGGUUCUAACUAACGACUUAUAUGGCGGACACUAAACAAUUUUUUUAAUUACUAGGGUAAAAAGUGACAUUUAAGAAUACAAAAUAAUAUUUCAGCAGUCUAAAAAAUAUGGUAUUCAAUAUUGUAAACUGUGAUAUAAGAUAUUUUAAUACGCAAUUGGAAAUACACCAAAUGAUGUGAUUUUUUUCAUUAAACGUUUGUGGUUUGAACCUUUA